AUGUCCGCAUUUCCUGCCAGAGGCUUUUCGUCCAUGGGCGCAAGCACCACGGGCCAGUCUCCUGCCCUGGUUGCCAGAGUCAACGAGAAGAAGGCCGAGCUGGAGAAUCUCAAGGAGCUGCGCGAUCUCAGUGCGGCAAUGGCAACGCAGAUGGAGGCACUCGCACAAAAGCUGGCUACUCUUUCCGAUGGAACAGAAGCCAUUGCCCUUGUUCUUAGCAAUUGGCAUAAUGUGCUGAGAGCUAUCAACAUGGCAUCUGCCAAAUUACCCAAGCCAAGUGCAGGUGUCCAGGAGCCCUCAGAGGAAGAACUUCCCCAGACUCUUGUUCGCAUCCCAACCGAACAUGCGCCUGCACUUCAAGCACAUGCCGAGGGAGCUGCAGAAGAAGAGUAGACCGGAGGAAGUGUCUGUCUUCCAGGUCACCUCGGCCAGCCAGGCUACACCAUUCAGCCAGUCCUUCCUGGGAUUGGCUGAGGACUCAAGUCAGAAGUAAUCUUUUUUUAUUUAUUUUUU